CGCAUGCGCAGUAGCACCCAUCUAUCGGGUGGCGCUUACCAGCAAGAAGAGGGUUCACCAAAAAAAUGACCAAAAACUAGAGCCGGUUUCUGGUGUUUUUUUACCCGUCACAUUCUUCAAAACAAGACACCCGGGAGAGAGCUUGUUGCUAGAGCCAUGGAACUUUAAUUUACAUCGUAUGGAAGCGAAACUCGACCAAUGAAGGCAGAAAACUCGAAGCAUUAUAGUCCUAUCAUGACCAAGCGAAAGUGGGAAGUGUUCCCUGGACGCAACAACUUCUUCUGCGAUGGGCGUAUUAUAAUGGCCAAAAAUAACGGAGCCUUUUACUUUGCUUUAGCACUCAUCAUUGUCACAACAGCCUUGUUUUUUGGAUUUAAUGCUCCAUUUCUGUACUUAGAGCUUUCGCCUGCAGUACCAUUUGUUGCGGCUUGGUUGUUUCUCUUUGUCAUGGCAGCCCUGUUAAGAACCGCAUUCAGUGACCCGGGUAUUGUUCCCCGGGCCUCUGCUGAAGAAGCAGCCUAUAUAGAAAAAACGUUAGCACCUCCACCAACAGAUGAUACAAGCUACCGUCCGCCACCCAGAACAAAGGAAGUCACAGUCAAUGGACAGGCUAUCAAGCUGAAAUUCUGUUUUACUUGUAAAAUAUUUAGACCACCCCGGGCGUCUCAUUGUAGUAUGUGCGAUAACUGUGUGGAGCGCUUUGAUCACCAUUGCCCAUGGGUUGGCAACUGUGUAGGAAAAAGAAAUUACAAAUACUUCUACAUGUUUCUUCUGUCACUUUCCUUUUAUUGCUGUUACCUUUUUGCUUUUGUUAUUGUUCAUCUAGUAAUGUUAACACAAGAAAAAACAACAUUUGUUGGAGCUAUGAAAGAAUCUCCUGUUAGUAUCUUGGUAGCUGUAAUAUGUUUCUUUUCUAUUUGGUCUAUUGUUGGACUUACUGGUUUUCAUACUUACUUAGUGGCUUCUAACCAAACCACAAAUGAAGACAUUAAAGGUUCAUUUUCCUCCAGGAGAGGACAGGAUAACUAUAAUCCAUAUAGUGUAGGAACAUGCUGCGGCAAUUGCUUAACAGUCUUAUGUGGGCCAUUACAGCCAAGUUUGAUUGACAGGCGAGGUAUGGUUAUUCCAGAUCCACCUGACUCAGUUAAAUACGGUGCACUAGGAACAACCAAUCAGGGCCGUCCAACAUCUCCAAAUGGAGUGAAAGAAACGACACAUAGGUUUGACGACACAGUCCCUGCUAGACUAGUUGAAGAUCCAUCAACUGAUGAUGGAAGCCAUCAAGAUGCUCUUAAAAGAGACAGCGAGAAAGGUCUCGUAAAACUCAGUAGUGUGUGAUAGGCUACCUGUGUCUAGAACAACUCAAUACUGGGCUUCCUGUGUCAGACAAAAGCACAGGGUUCCCACCAAAUUCUUCAGGUUACUUGACAGCUGCAAUAUGCACAUUCAGUCUGUGAAAGAUAACUACUUAUUUUAAUUGAGAUAGAAGUCAAAUGCAAACUAAUUCCUAAUGUAAAUAAUGCUACAUGGGGUCCCUGUGGUGAAGUAAAUGAGUGUGUAAAAAAAUAUGUAAUGUUAAGGUCAACCAAUCAGGUUUAGGUAUUCUGAAAAGUGUUUAAAUCAAGGCUUUACUAUCAUACUUAAAAGUGAAAUGUAGUCAUAGUUAUUUUCUAGCUUCUUCUUCAGGCCUCUCUCUUCUUUAGGGGUUCUCUCCCCAACCCCCUCUCCUUCCAACACCGCAAAGGGAUCCCAAACACCAACGAAAGUCAAAGAAAAGAGAUGCCUGCAGAGGACAUAAGUUUUUUUCAAGGAUUUUCAUGCAAAUCAAAAAUGGUCUUAACAAAGCUCAAUAGUUAAUAGAAAUUGCAGUAAUGCAAGUACUCUAUGUAUGCAUGUAUGUACAGCUUUGCCGCUACAUACUAUAGAGAUUACUUUAUUGACCAACACAACAGAUCACUAUUUUUUUCCUUUAAUUUAGAACCAGAUAAAUAUUUCUACUGCCACAGUUAUAUACCAAGGCUAUUCCCAUUUAUGUUUCAUAUUUUGUAUAUUUUGUGAUGUCUGGGGACAGAGAUAGCUUACUCUUAAGGGACCAUUUUGUUUGAGAGAAAAAAACAAUAUUAGCCCAUAAUUUUUUUUWAAAAAAAAAGCUUGACAUGGAUAUCAGUUCAUAGUAGGUGAUGGAGUCCCAUAGAAUAACACAUUCAUAGGCAUUUAUGUGUGUGACAUGGAAAAAGUCCAUGCCUGAUAUGAGACCGUAUAAGCACUUCUCAUCUGCUUGUGCUGGGUAUGAUAGGGUUUAGUAGUACUAUAGAGAGAGUUUGAGCAUUUCUUUGCAGAAUUAAAAGAUAAACAACUCAUCAGUAAGCUAAGCAUCUGAUACAACUUUGCAUUUUUACUUCUCACUUGUAUUUUUGCUGGCCUAAAGACUUGUCGAAAUACUCAGUGACUCAUAACAAUACACAGCCGUAUCAGAAGCUUAGCCGACCUCAAAUAUCACAUACCCAGGGCUUAAAAUAUCAGCCAGUCAUGUCUGGACAGAAUAGAAAUUUGUCAGUCAAACCUUUGACUUGCCGGCCUUAAGCCAUAAAUAAGGUAUGGCUGAGUUAAAACUAAGUAGGCUGGUCGUCAGUACUGGUGACUGACUGUCCAUUAUUUUAAGCCCUAAUACCAAAAUAUUUUUCCUACAUCAGGUUUGCCUUAAUAUAAAGGUGCUGUUGUGUGGGAAGCAAGGCCAAGAUCUUUCCCUUUAUCUCAUCCCUCAAUAAACUGUCAAAAACUUAUUUUAAUUUAACAUAUUUUGUUUUGUAAUUACUACUUUAUAAUUUAUACCUCAGUGAUCACUAGUCAUAAAAGAUCUUUUUGUUAAAAA